CUUUCAACACUACUAUAUAACAAAUAAUUUGAGGAAAUACACACAAUGUCUAUCGACUGGACCGACCUCAACGCCAAACUGCCAACCGAGAGAACCGGAGCAGCCAAGGCUAAGAGGAAGGACCUGUUCAAGCAAAUGGACGCGGGAAACGGUAUCCUUUCCCUGGCCGAGGUGGACAAGGGAAUCCGGGACGUCUUGAAGAUCGACGAGAUCUUCGAUGCCAAAGCUGCUAUCAUGCGAGCGUUCCAGAUAGCCAAGAAGCGGGGUGUUUCCAGCAGAGGAGCCAUGGGUGACGACUACAUAGAGUUCAAGGAGUUUAGGUUCUUCCUCCUCUCUCUGCGCCAGUACUUUGAGUACUGGGAAGCCUUCGCUCGUACUGACGCGAACGGAGACAAGAGAAUUAGUUUGUUCGAGUUUCAUCAUGCCCAGGAGAAGAUCGAGGUUUGGGUGGGGCCCAUCGGAGAUAUGGAGGGAGAGUUUGCGAAGAUCGAUAAGAACGGCGGAGGACAUAUCUUGUUUGACGAGUUUUGUGAGUGGGCGAUUGCCAAGAACCUAGAUCUAGAGGAUGAUGACGAUAAUAUUGUGCUAGAGUAGACGAUAUAACUAUUACUAAUCAAUAUACGACUAAGAGUCUUAGUUGUAUAUUGAUUUUAUCAAUUGUUAUACUUAUAGUAUCUUAAGUUUAAAGUCGAGAAGUUUUAUCAAUAAUUUGAAUUAUUAUUUUUGUUGGUGUCCGAUUUUAUUGUAUGUUAACGGUGCCCAAUAUUUCCUAAUUUUUUUCGAAACGUAACUAUUUGACGAAGAGGGUGUAAGUAGGCGACUAAACUAUAUAAAUUAGGAGAAAAGGGAAGAAAUGGUCAGCAGUGAUAUUUUAAUUUUUAACAUCCCUUAGCUACUUCCAGUAGAAGAUUCAUUUUGUUUAGCUUUUCGGAGAUCAAGAUGUGGCUGUAUCCAAAACUUUUUGUGUGUAUGUACUAUGGUCUAUGUAUUGAUAUAAUCUUAGAUUCAAAUUCUAAGUAAAGAA